AUGUACAGAUGUGUGUUCGCGUCAGCCACAGCUGAAGCCUACAGCAUGAGGUCAGGGUCUUAUAAGACUCGUACAGCUUCAAGGCACGGUAAGAGCUGCUCGGUUUUCUAUUGCCAUCCCAUCCUGGACCGAUUGAAUCAACUUGUUGCCUUUUCUUCCAAUUUUGUUUCCGAAAAUGACCGGAAAGGAACAGGUCCUGUCACCGGUGGGAACGGAUUCGUGGCCAUGCACAUCAUCCGCGAAUUGAUUGAACAUGGAUACUCGGUGAUUGCCACAGGUCGGUCCAUGUCCAAAGCAGAGGAUGUUUACACUAUGUAUCCAGAUUGGAAACCUUUGUACUUUGAAUGUGUCCCCGAUAUUGGGACCGAGGAUGUGCUUCAAGAAAUCUUCAAGAAGUACCACGAUCGGUCUCAAUACAUCAUCCACACAGCCUCGCCGGUCAAUUUCGCGGCGAAAGAUAUUCAAAAGGAGUUGAUCGAUCCUGCCGUGCAAGGAGUCAGCAAUAUCCUCAAGGACGCCCAUGAAUAUGGCGGCUCAAGUAUAAAGCGAUUUGUUCUCCUGGCUAGCGCAGUGACCGUAUUGAAUUUGUUUGAGGACAUGAGCGUCGCUGGAAAACCGUAUACGGAAUAUGAUUGGAAUCCGAUAUACGCCGUUUCCGCCUCAUCUCCAAUGUUAGGAUACAUCGCCGCCAAAACAUUGGCUGAGAAAGCUGCCUGGGAAUUUGUAUCGACGACAAAGCCAUCAUUCGGCCUCACAACGAUCAAUCCAGACAUCGUCGUCGGUCCACCGCUGCGAAAGUUGUCGAAGCCAACGGCUUUGAACGAGACGAAUAUGAUUGCCGUGUAUAAUUUCCUUAAUGGAACUUACAAACGGAUUGAAGAUGUUAUGCUUCUGUUUUAUUAUUUUGUCGACAUUCGAGAUGUAUCUUCCGCAACAGUCGCUGCAACGACAACUCUCUCCGCCAGUGGGAAUAGAAUUCUUCUCGUCGAGGACGAACUCAGUCCUCAACUCGUCAAGAAUAUCAUCGAGAAGGAUUUCCCACAACUCAAAGACCAAUUACCUCUAGGUGGUAACCUGGCUCAGAAGUUUCCAUCUGGAAUAUACCCCACUGGGUGGGAUGUCAGUAGGAGCUCCGCAAUUCUGGCCGAUUGGGAAGGCCUGAACGGAAAGAAAUGGAGACAUCACGACCUCGAAACUUCAGUUGUUGAUACUGUUAAGAAAAUCUUGCAACUCGAAGAGGAAUGGGCAAACAGGAUAUAA